AUGUCUGAUUCUCUGACAGUUACCUCCUCAGCCGAUGUCCACGCUGACCCCGUCUUGAACAGAGCGAGGGGAGCAACUGGUGAUUUCGACAGUGGCGUGUUCAGUUCGGAUGACAGAGACGGUAGCGAAUCCAGGGGCGUAGUAAAUUACGUGCUACGCUCAUCAGAGACGGUGACCGAGGAGAGCGAGACCAACAGCGUGUUUGAAGACGAUAGUUGUGAAGAUCAGGUCUUCGUUGAUGGUGAAGAGAACCCGGCGUUUUCAAGGCAAUACGACUUUGACCCCGAUCACGCCUCAGCUGAGAAUUGUGCAAAAUAUGAACUAGUGAAGGAUCCACCAGAACACAGAAGCCAUCGGAAAGACGAGUCCCCCAGGGACACCGAUGACAUAUUCAGCACCAGGGUUGGGAGCACUUUAGGAGGGGUUGUCAUAAAACGGGGUUGCGUCAACCACAGCGCACGCCAGUUGACACGGAAGUCGAGCUCAGAAAACUUGUGUCCGAACUGCGGGCUCACGAACUCGAUUACUACCAGCGGAUCGAACUGUUGUGAAAUCAAAGGUCAAGAUAUAAACUUUUCUUCUACGUUUGCAGCCGAUGACUUAUUGGUAAUCGAUUCUUUUCGCAAACUUAGUCACGUGCAGGACGUCACAACGCUGUCAGACGAGGUCAAGAAGAACCUUAGGUCACACAUGCGAGGCCGUGGCGAGUUCAAGGAGAAUAUCUGCAGAUGUGGGUAUCUAGGCCAGGUAAAUACCAUCAGUGACGAGAAGAACAUCCACCUGGCUCACAAGAUGGAGCGUAGCAAAAAUCUUACGUCCAUCGCCUACGAGAGAGAUUUGGCCGAAAGGACAGCUCAGAAGCCAACCAGGCAGGAGCUAAUCAAGAAACAGACCCUUGUGAGAAAAGUCACUGAAAGAAAAUCUGGUAUAGCGAAAAGCCAUCCGACUGGGACGAAUGUCGGAAACAAAGAUCACCCUGUAAACCACGUGGCCGCAACUGGGAAAGGGAGCUCACUUUUAAAGAGUAGCGGAGAAGAUGAGAUCACCAGGCAGCAGGUUUUUCACACCCAGAGUUCCUUCACGACGUUCUCCGGGACGCACCCGGUGACGCCCGAGGAAGCUCGCCGGAAGAGGGUGGAACUACGCCAGCACAGCUUGCUGCGUCACGAAACACUGGACCACGAAGGGUCUGCAGCGAGUGCCGGCGGCGGUGGUUACGUCGCGCCACUGAAGAAGAGCCAGUUGGAAGUGAGGGACUUGAGAAAUGAGGUCAGUAUGUAAAGUUAAGAAUGUUGUGGUAAAAGAUUUUUACAAAAAUUUUUCGUAUUACCUGAAUUUUUUAUUUUUUUUAUAUUUCCUCCGUUUUAGGACAGCUUUAGUCGUUUUUGUUGUAAAUAUCGAUUAUGUUAAUAACUGAUGGUCAAGUAGCAUAAAUAUACACUUAACACCCUAGGAGUUCCGUUGUUUUUUUUGAAAAAUAAAUGUAUAAUUAUUUUUAUAAAUAUAUACAUUAUCAUUUGGUGUAAUUAAUCAAAACACCUCAUACUUGUAAGAAACAAAAUGAGUUUAAAGGCAAAUUGUAAAAUUUAUUUAGUGGACAUUUUUGUAUUUACUGCAUAUGUGGCGGGGCGUAUGUGUUGCUACUCUCUCAAAGAGUGAAUUUGGGGUUUUAUUUGUUAUUGAAUUUGAAUAAUAUUUUUUUCUCAAACAAGAUAUCUCUAGAAACUCAUUUCUAUCUGAAUCACACACAAAUUUUCAUCCCCAAUAAAUAAGAUAUCAUACGAUGAAUUCUCUGCCACAUGUAGCUAAAAAUUUCAAGAUAUUAAAGUAAUAUUAUUCGAGUCAAGAAAUGGCCCCCUUAUAGAUAGCUAUUUCCUGCGAUACAUAAGUCAUGUCUUAAUCGUUCAUGUACUGCGGAAAUGUUUGAGUAGCAUGACAGGACGCGUUGCCUGCAUAAGGCUUAGCUGGAAACUAACAUUUUAAAAUACACCCAUGAGUAUGUCACUGGAUAACAAAGUGAAUUUAACAAAGUUUAUUGUUUUAUGUGACAUACGUUAGUCUUAUGUGAGCUGCUUGUUAUUUACAUUGAACAAGUGUAUCGUGUCUCGAUGUAUCUCAUUGCCGGUUAUGUCAAAGGUCUCUGUGUAUCAUAAUGAACUCGUCUUGCAACCUUUGAACCGUGUGUCCUCUGUUUUAUACACAUACGAAAUAUAUCUCAAAGCUGGUAUGCGAAGUGUUUCUUUGUGUCAUGGAUAUCUUAAAACCGUUGUGCCCCAUGUCUCUGUGCCUACCAGCUGUCUUGCUGCUGAUGUGCGUCAUACAAUUUACUGCUGCUGUCCUGGGUCUCUUUGUGUGCCAUGCCUUGCCACUGUCUUUGUAUGCGUCACGUUGUAUACAACAUGUCUCAACCAUGUUGUAUCAUUUCUCUCCUCGUGUGACCAAGGUCUCACAACUGUCGCACGAAAUUGAUGAGAAGAAUGUGGAGAUCGCUUCACUUCAAAGCUCGCUGAUGGCCGUAGAGGAUAAAGAGAGACAGAUCGUCGAGCUGGAAGCCAGGAUACAGGAGCUGGAGAAACAGAUUAAUGAAGAAAGAGAGCCUGUGGUUAGACUGCAAGAGGAACUGGCGAAGAUGGACGAACGGUACACUGCCUUAAAAGUAGGUUUAUGCAUGAAGAUUAUAAGCCACCGUUAUCCUAGAAACGUUUCAAAAAUGUAUACGAAGAUAUUAUUGUUAUACUAAUGGACAUUUAUUUAUCAGACACACGCUGUUGAAAAUAACAAUAAUAAUAUGGGCUAACCAGAAAGAGCAAGUAUAUUUAAGAAGUAUAUUUGAUUUGUUAAGGAAAAUUCCAAUUGCAAACAUUCACAGCCUUGUGGCUGUAAAAUGUAAACAUUUUUGUAGAGGCUAAGUGAGACAACACUAAAAUAAUCUGGAGUUAGCGCCCUGUUUGGUUACGACGUAUAGAUCAAUGAAACUUAAAUAUGCUACUGCGAUGGUCUUAACAUGCCAAAUCAUCCAUUUGAUCUUCGAGAGAGAUGACCUAGCAUUUUUUUAAUCAGUGCUCAAUCAAAUUUAUGAAAAUCUAUUAGCUGUUUUCAUUUUCUUUUUGUUUCCUCGCCACACUCAGAUUGCCCAGGUUUUGUUAUCAAAGACAUAAUACUUCAAAUAUAUUAGCGAUGCACUGUGACAAGUAAAAAAAUAUUUAAAAAAAAAAAAAUAAACUAAACCAAAUAGAUAGUAUUAUAGGUCCAGACUUAGGAGGACUAUGAAACAAAAAAUAUUUUACAUCCAUUGCUAUGUUUAUAAAGGUGUAUAAUUUUUUCAUGAACAUAAGUCAUAAUGACACGACUAACUAGUUUCAUGACUUUCUUGUUGUCAGCUACCGCUCGAUAUAAUAAAAAAAAGUUGAUACAUUUAAUGAAUAGAAAUGUAUUAAUACAUUUUAUGCUUUAAUCAUUUUUUUUCCCUCUUGGUUUCAAUAAAAUGCUCCACUCCUUUACCAUUUCUUGACCAGGUUGAAUUCGCCGAGAAGGAGGAAAAGUUUGAAACUUACCUGCUGGACAUGUACAAGAAAGGACUUGAGGCAGCUAGAUUUGAGAGGGAGGAAGAGGUGAGAUGA